AUGGCUCCUGCAGACAUUCGCUUCAAGCUGAACACCGGCGCUGAGAUUCCGGCAUUGGGCUUGGGUACCUGGCAAUCUGCUCCCGGCGAGGUCGCCCGUGCCGUGAGCCAUGCCAUCAAGGUCGGCUACCGACACAUUGACACGGCGCUCUGCUAUGGCAACGAGCACGAGGUAGGCCAGGGCAUCAAGGAAGCCAUUGACGCUGGGAUAGUCAAGCGUGAGGAUCUGUUUGUCACGACCAAGCUGUGGUGUUCGUACCACGCCAAGGUCGAGGAGGGUCUGGAGGCGAGCUUGAAGAACCUGGGUCUCGACUACCUGGACCUGUAUCUCAUGCAUUGGCCCCUGGCUAUGAACCCUAAUGGCACUCACCCCAUUUUCCCCAAGCUGCCGGACGGCUCGCGGGACAUCGUCCAUAGCCAUAGCCAUGUGACUACCUGGAAGAGCAUGGAAAAGCUUGUCGGCACUGGCAAGGUUAGGGCUAUCGGUGUCUCCAACUACAGCCUCAAGUAUCUGGAGGAGCUGCUGCCCCAGGCCACCGUUACCCCCGCUGUCAACCAGAUCGAGAACCAUCCCUCGCUUCCACAACAGGAGAUUGUCGAUUUCUGCAUCCAAAAGGGCAUCCACAUCACUGCCUACAGUCCCCUGGGCAGCACUGGCAGCCCGCUGUUCACAGCCAAACCCAUUGUCGAGGUUGCCGAGAAGCGUGGUGUGACCCCAGCCACAGUCCUGCUCAGCUGGCACAUCGCUCGCGGCUCAUCCGUCCUCGCCAAGUCUGUCACCCCAGCUCGCAUCGAGGCCAACCGCAAGGACCUGAUCAAUCUGGAUGCCGAAGAUGUGGCCACCAUCAAGAAGUACUCAGACGAGCUGGCCGCCUCGAACUCCUUCCAGCGCUUCGUGUACCCGCCCUUCGGCGUGAACUUCGGCUUCCCCGAUAAGCAGUGA